AUGGCGGACGCUGCCCUCCCAUAUCAUGAGCCAGGCAUCAUCACAAUUCUAAUCCAGUCGUCUUUCCUACUGGUCUUGAACACUCUAGGGUUUGCUCUGGACCGUGUUUUCUACUGUGGCCUUGUGGGCCAGGUCCUCAUUGGAAUGGCAUGGGGCGCACCUGGCUUGAGGCUGUUGGCCCGUCCAUUUGAGGAUGUGGCAGUGCAGCUCGGUCACCUUGGCUUGAUCGCGAUUGUCUUCGAGGGCGGGCUGGCGACUUCAGUUAAGUCACUGGGGCGCUCCAUGAUUCUGUCUAUCUGCGUGGCCCUCACCGGGAUAUGUCUCCCAAUGGCCCUGUCUUUCUCUCUGAUGGCGAUGUCCAAUGCCACAAAGCUGCAAGCUUUCGCCGCUGGAGCUGCGCCAUGUUCAACGAGCUUAGGUACCACCUUCAGCCUUUUUAAGACGACGAACCUAACGACGAGUCGCUUGGGCACGAUCCUUACCAGUGCCGCAAUGUUGGACGAUGUUGCUGGGCUGAUCAUGGUUCAGAUUAUAACUAAUCUGGGCUCUGGUCCCACGUCUAUUUCAGCCACUAUGAUCAUGCGCCCUGUUUGUGUCCCUUGCUUUCGCCAUCGUCCUACCGGUGGUCUGCAAGCUCUUGCGCUUUUGGCGACCGUGGUCACCGCGGCGAGCUACGCAGGCACAUCAAACCUGUUCGCCGCUUAUAUGGCAGGACCUACUGUAUCCUGGAUAGACGAAGCUAGUGUACGGGCAGCAGGUGGCCUAUCCCGAAAGAAGUGUUCACAGAUGCGAAAACUUCAGAAACAUACGGUCAGUGAGGCCUCCAACGUCAGGUCAGUACACUCUGGCACCGCUCGGAAUGCUAGGGAUAUCCCUGAAUCAAGCGGUGAGAAACCACAAGUCCACCACCCGUUUCUGAUUCAGUCAUCGAGACUGUCUUGCGAACUGACGCCGCCUCCAGAGGAUCCAGAAUCGGCAACGAAUGUCGAUCAAGAUGCAGGAUCAGCCGAUAUCCCAGACGCACUGGACGUGGAGAGCCGUAGCCUCCAGAUGUACAACCACUACUAUGCACCUACAGUGGAGCGCAUUUUGAAACCGUUCUUCUUCGCAUCCAUCGGCUUUUCCAUCCCGAUCACCAAAAUGUUCCGAGGCCCCGUCAUCUGGCGCGGUCUAGUCUACGCAACACUGAUGGCUAUCGGCAAACUCUUCUGCGGCAUGUGGCUUGUUCGCAUCUCCAACUCGUCACCACCAGCACCGCGACCUGCUCGUCCUCCGCAGCCUGCAACAUCCGACGAAAGGCGCGCCACGGAUACGCAGGAGAGAAAGAAGAAGAACAAGGCUACUCCUGCCCUGCGCAACUCCCUUCCCCGUCCAAAGUCCUUAUAUCUCGCAUCCAUCCUCGGCUGCGCGAUGGUCGCUCGCGACGAGAUCGGAUUCCUCAUUUCCGCCCUUGCAGCCACGAACGGCAUCUUCACGCGCAUCAAAGGUGCGGCCGCGGACGGAGACCGAGAUGGAGACGGGCUAGUAGUCUCGGAUCUAUACCUUAUCGUGACAUGGGCGAUUCUUCUCUGCACCCUUGUCGGGCCGCUCGCUUUGGGUGUUCUGGCGAAAAGGGUCCGGAGGCUUCAAGACGAGGAGGUGCGAGAUGGAGAUAGCGGUCUCGGGACGAAGGAGGAUCCUUGGGGUAUUUGGGGAGUGAAUUAG